CAUGCAAAUUAAAACAGAACUAGGGAGAUCUCACUUCGAUCCAACUUUGAUCAUGAAUGACUUACCCCUUCAUCUUCUCGACGAGAUUCUCUUCAGAUUGGAUCCCAAAUCUCUAGCGAUGAUGCGAUGCACGAAUAGAUCGAUCAACUCCCAUAUAUCCGACGAUCCGAAUUUUGAAUCUGGAUACUCUUCCCGCUUUGUCGGAUCCAGUUUGUUUCACCUCAUGAACUAUGGCGCACAUUACGUCUUAUGCAAGUCUUUCUCUUCCUGCGAUUCUAAGUCAAGCGGAGAUGAAGUAUAUUUGUCAAAAGAUCGAUGUUACAUUUUCGGCUCAUGCUCUGGCCUUCUCCUACUAUACAUUGGUGAUCUCUUCGUCGCAAACCCCCUCACAAAGAGGUUUCGAGUCCUGGAUCACUCGGGGUCAAAGCUUUUGCCUACGAUAGUUGGUGGUGUUCGAAAUAGAGGUGCACACCUUAACGCUGCUCGUACGGAGAGAGCGAUGUGCGUCGGUUUUGCGGUAAAUCGAAAUCAAACCACCAAAAGAUUCAAGAUCGUAUGCAUACUCGAGAUGGAAACGGUGUACGCGUUCGAGAUCAGUGACGGAUACUGUUGGAGGUUAUCAGAAACGACCGUCACCACCACCUCCAAAAGUGAUCUCACGGCGCGGAUGAAACCUGUUUACUUGGACGGCACACUUCAUUGGUUAAGAGACGAUGGGAGCCUCAUAGCUUUCAAUCCGGAGACAGAGAAAGCACGUUUGAUUCCUUCCAUAUUCCAUCGUGGAGAAUCAGAUACAAAACCGCUUUUUGCACAAGACAAGAAGAACAAUCGUCUGACCAUGAUAUCGGGGACGAAAGAAACAAUCUCAGUUUACACACUACUCGGGAAUUCCAAGUGGACCCUCACCAUGCGGAUCAAGAACGUAUCCAUGGACGACAUAGAACUUGUAUGUUGGAACGUGGUCGCUUAUGAUGGCAAGAGCCUUGUGGUGAGGGAGAGGAAGAAGGACACUUUUUACAAUGGUCUUAGUUGGCUUCAUGUGUAUGACAUGGAAGCUAAUAGUUGGAGAGUUUUUGGAUCUGUCUGGUGUGGGUACAAAAACAACCGAGACUACUAUAUGUUUACGCCCUCCUUGUUCUUUGUCGAGGAGGAUGAGCAGGAGAAGGUGAUUGUAGCUUCCAAUGACCUACGCAUCUCCAAACUGAAUGCAAUUAUGGGACUCAUUUGAUUAAGAAACGUAUAUCCGAUUAGGUGUUUUGU